AUGCAGGAUGAAAGAAACAAGGGUGAUGAUGAAUUUAUAAACAAGCCUCUUCCCUAUUAUGGCAACCUUGCUACAAUUUUUGGCAAUAGUGUUGCAUCAGGACGAUUUGCAAAGACAUCAAAUGACCCUCUUGCUGUUGAUGAUGGUGAAGAUGUGCAAAAGGAAGGGUGUAUUGCAACAUCUAGUGCUGUCCAUGAGAAUGACACUGCAGCAACAUCUGCAACUAAACCAUCCAAGAAGGCCAAGAGGGAAGACAAUGGUACUGAAUUCUUAGUUGAAGCAUUUCAGCAUGCCACUCAAACACUAGCCAGUGCCAUCAAGGAGGCAGCAAACAAACCUUUGCCAGCUGGUUUGUUUGAAGCUGUAGACAAUAUUCCAGGAUUUGAGAUUGCGCACAAGUCCAAGUAUUAUUCUCAUUUGGUUUCUAAUCCUGACAUUGCACAUGCUUUCAUGGAUGUGCCAUUGCUUUACAAGGUCUCUAUGAUUACCGACUUCGUUAAUGAGAAGUUUUAGGCUUUAUGGUAAUCUAAUAAUACAUUUCACAAUUUGUAUGGAUCUAUGUAAGGACCUAUGUUUGUUUGAAACUAUGUAUGGACAUGUGUGUGAUAUGUUAUGAAACUUAUUUUUGACAUAACACUUUUGUGAUGGUUGUAUGGAUGAGUCAUGUGUAAGAUUAUGGAGUAAUUAUUAUACAUUUUAUGAUCUAUAGUUAUAUUU